AUGUCGAUCACGGAAGCAAAAAGUGAGUCUCACCUUCAGCAUGAUUAUCUUGUGCUGCAAUUGACCAGUGGCAGUGCACCGACAGCAGACCGUGCGGUAAUUGCACAACAGCCGGAAAAGGCAACCAGUGAGCCGAAAGUUACCUGCCAGUACCGAGUUAGUUGCAUCUAUUUUCCUCAACUCGAUGUUGCUGACCUUGACCACAGGUACACUCGAGCUCUUGAGGAGAGAAUCAGAGACCUAGAGUCUCAAAUUCCAGAAGAUAGGUCGAAAGAGGCAUCGGCCAGUCGGCAGACUUCACGAAGAGACUCACGUCGAAGAAUCGGUGACAGUUUGCCGAGGAAAGAGCCGAUCGAAAGAACCAUUUCAGGACAUGUAUCAACUCCUCUUUCUCAGGAGUCUUUUGCAUCAAGACGAGCAGAAUUUCCUCAAGAUGUGGGUGUAUAUUCUUCAAGUCCUCAAAGAGCACAACCUUCCCUUCCUUCUCAAUCAACUCUUCCACGCCCGUCAUUCACCUUGCCGUUCGCCGAGGGAACAAAUGACUUUCCAGAUUCACAUACUCGCUCUGGUCACUCGAGCUUGCUGGUUGGGAUAUUAGCCACUCUUACAGGUACUGAGUCCACCAGGGAUUCCUCGACGCUAUUUGAAGGUUCUAGUACCUCCACCCCAUCUGUUCUGACCGAUCAGCUCUAUUCAACAGACCGUUCAGUGCAUAUUUCAGAUGUGACAUCCGAUCGGCUGGUGAGAAUAUACCUUGAAAGGGUAAAUCCGCGUUAUCCAUUCCUUCAUCGUGAUACCUUCCUCGCCUGGUAUGAAUCAUGGAAGAUCCAGUCACACGUGAACACCGCUAGAGACCAGCAAUCUCUAUGGAAAAGAUAUUUUGUCACCAUGGUGCAUGCUGUUGCUCUCCUAUUGACACCCCAAGUUUCUGUCAGUGACAUUGCGACCUCCCAGUCUCUGUACAACACCGCAAUAAAAUAUCUUGCCCACGUCUUUGCGCAGCCCGACCCUGUCUUACAUGCCCAGGCAUAUCUUCUUCUGACACUACAUGCGCUUCAUUCCCCAUCAUCACAAAUGAUUGUCACUAUUGUUUCUGCGAUGAUGCGAUAUUGUGUUAUGGCCCAGCUCCAUUUGGCUGAGAGUGAGCCUAAAGUUACAAAUCCUGCAUUCUCUUUAGAGGUUCAAACUCGCCGCCGAGUAUUUUGGUCGGCAUAUGCCUUGGAUCGAUUCAUCAGUUGGAUUUACCAUAUUCCCAACAACAUCAUUGAUGAACACAUCAGUGUGCAGCUCUUUUCAAAUGUCACGGAUGCGGAACUUCAUAGCGAGAAAUCAAAUGAUGUCAAUAUCAGAAUUGAGACCCCAUCGCAGAAAACACAUAUCUCACCGGCUCUUCACCUCUUUCGAUGCCGACGUAUCCAAUCUCGGAUUAUCAGCACCAUGAUGCGAUCUGAUUUCGAGGAAAUCAAUGCUACAACACCAUGGCGAGAGCAUAUGCUAGGAGAGCUUGACUCGUGGAGAUCCCAACUCGGGCUCCUAAGUGAUGUAGCAUCCAAAAGCUACACAAGUGAUCGAUGGGUUGGCAUGGCUUACAACUACACCAUUCUUCUCUUGCAUCAACCGACAAAAGAAAAUGUAUGCAAUGGCUUCGGAGACCGAUCGGUGCCAGCUUGCGUGCAGAUUGCCUUGACAUUUAGGACUUUCCAAAAGGACCGACAAACAGCACAACUAUGGCCAGGGCUUUUGAGUCAAGUCUCUGUCGGCAUCACCCUGCUUUACUGCUUCUGGGCAACACCUCCUCAAAACCAGACUCCGGCAUACCGCUCGAAAGAAGUUCCAGAAGCGUUGAGGGCUUGUUCGAUAUCUCUCGCCAUUCUGGCCGAGCGGUGGGUUCAAGCUGAGCCUUUGCGCGAUGUAUUUGAUAUUCUAGCCAAAGAAGUCCCACUCAAUGAGACUAUUGCCGAUACCUCACCGAGACGUAUUUCAGCAGAGUCAGCUUCUUACAUUCAAUCUCAGCUGCCCAUCCUCACAUCAAUCAUCAUGCACCGGGGAGUGAUGCGCAUGAUACGUGAGAUGAUCACGGAGGAUUUCCCUGAAAGCUUAAAUGGAGGUCUUGAACAUGCGUUGCCGUCACAGGAUGGGAGCAUACCCCAGAACCUAGGCGGUCACCUGUGCUCUUCAAAUUGUCCGUUCUUCCGUGAACCUGGUCGACCUGGAUUGACAACGGUCAUGGAUCCCCAGAUAUAUGCUCCCUUUGGUGACGAGAUCAGCGGUGACCUAGGGAUUGACGACGAGACGCUUAUCUUCCCACUUCUCUUUGGCUCAGCGGAGUUUUGA